UCCGGCCCCAGGGCCGGCGCCACGGCAGGUGCCCCGCGCCGGCAAAGUUUGGAGCCACGGGUGCCGCGCUGCGCGGUGCGCGGGUCCCUCCCCGCGCAGUUCCCUCGGUGGGGUCUGUGCCGCCGCCGCUGCCAGGGCAGGACAAAGGCUCAUUAACACGUGAUGGGACCGCGCUUCAUAAAUGGGACUGGAGCGAGAGGGAGCCAGAGACAGAGCGCCAGCGGAGGAAGAGGCAGGGACCGCACCAGCGUGGCGAGGCGACGGGCGUCAGUGCUGGCGGAGACCUGCGGCCCCACGCCGAGCCAGGCUGGGCGAGCGGGAGGACCCACUGAAGAGCCCGGGGAAGGGGCGAGGCUCGCGGGCGGCGGGAGAGGAGGGGUCGCCAGUCGCUGUCGCUGUCGCGGGCGGGCGGGCACUGGAGGCAGGGGACGCCGGCGCGCGGGCAGCGUGGACCGACUGACUUACUGACCGACCGACGGAGGCACACCCCGCUCCACCCCACCCCACCCCGCCUCGCCUCGCCCGCAUCCCCGCGCCGGCGCCGCCUCCCUCCGGCUACUCCCUCGGCCACCCCUUCCUUCUGCACUUCUUUUCCGCCUCCGCCUCUUCUUGGCUCCGGCGGCGCCAGUGCCUUCCCCUGGCCCGGGCGGGGCGCCUCGGCUCCCGCAGAGCUCCGUAGAGUCGGGAGGAACGUUUCGUUCUAGCAGAGCAGCAGCCCCUGCGCUGGGCGAGAGGUGCCGAGGGAGCUUCUCCCGGAGGACCGGGGGAUGCGAAGGGUUACCAACAGAACUUACUGUGAACAGAUUCUUUUUGUUCCAAAGAUGUCUCCCACUCCAGGCAAGGAGCAAUCCUGGCUGAGGACUCCCUGCUGUGGGUCUCUUUCUCAGUCCUUUUGAGUUUGGCCUGAUCCAAGACGGAGGUGAUGAAGUCUAUCCUAGAUGGCCUUGCUGAUACCACCUUCCGCACCAUCACAACAGACCUCCUCUACGUGGGCUCCAAUGACAUUCAGUACGAAGAUAUCAAAGGUGACAUGGCAUCCAAAUUAGGGUACUUCCCACAGAAAUUUCCUUUAACUUCCUUUCGGGGAAGUCCCUUCCAAGAAAAGAUGACCGCUGGAGACAACGCCCACUUGGUCCCGGCAGACCAGGUGAACAUUACCGAAUUUUACAACAAGUCCCUUUCAUCCUACAAGGAGAAUGAGGAGAACAUCCAGUGUGGGGAGAACUUCAUGGACAUGGAGUGCUUCAUGAUUCUGAACCCCAGCCAGCAACUGGCCAUCGCCGUCUUGUCCCUCACGCUGGGCACCUUCACGGUUCUGGAGAACCUACUGGUGCUGUGUGUCAUCCUCCAUUCUCGCAGCCUCCGCUGCCGGCCCUCUUACCACUUCAUCGGCAGCCUGGCCGUGGCCGACCUCCUGGGGAGCGUCAUUUUCGUCUACAGCUUUGUUGACUUCCACGUGUUCCACCGCAAAGACAGCCCCAACGUGUUUCUCUUCAAACUGGGUGGGGUCACCGCCUCCUUCACGGCCUCCGUAGGCAGCCUGUUCCUCACGGCCAUUGACAGGUACAUAUCUAUUCACAGGCCCCUGGCCUAUAAGAGGAUCGUCACCAGGCCCAAGGCCGUGGUGGCGUUCUGCCUGAUGUGGACCAUCGCCAUUGUGAUCGCCGUGCUGCCUCUCCUGGGCUGGAACUGCAAGAAGCUGCAGUCCGUUUGCUCAGACAUUUUCCCGCUCAUCGACGAAACCUACCUGAUGUUCUGGAUCGGGGUCACCAGCGUGCUGCUGCUGUUCAUCGUGUACGCAUACAUGUAUAUUCUCUGGAAGGCUCAUAGCCACGCAGUCCGCAUGAUUCAGCGCGGGACCCAGAAGAGCAUCAUCAUCCACACGUCCGAGGACGGCAAGGUGCAGGUGACACGGCCCGACCAAGCCCGCAUGGACAUUCGGCUGGCCAAGACCCUGGUCCUGAUCCUUGUGGUCUUGAUCAUCUGCUGGGGCCCUCUACUUGCAAUUAUGGUGUACGACGUCUUUGGGAAGAUGAACAAGCUCAUUAAGACAGUAUUUGCGUUCUGCAGUAUGCUCUGCCUGCUGAAUUCCACCGUGAACCCCAUCAUCUACGCUCUGAGGAGCAAGGACCUGAGACAUGCUUUCCGGAGUAUGUUCCCCUCGUGUGAAGGCACCGCGCAGCCUCUUGACAACAGCAUGGGGGACUCGGACUGCCUGCACAAGCAUGCCAAUAACACGGCCAGUGUUCACAGGGCCGCAGAGAGCUGCAUCAAGAGCACGGUCAAGAUUGCCAAGGUGACCAUGUCUGUGUCCACAGACACGUCUGCCGAGGCUCUGUGAGCCUGACGCCUUCCUGGCAGCACAGGAAAAGAAAUUCAUUUUUUUUUUUUUUUAAAGCUUAAAAUCUAGAAGAGUCUGUUGUCUCAUCGGUUAUAUUUUUUUAAGUUGACCAUGCUCAGUGAAAGGGGACUGUCACCAGGAUCGGUUCUCAGUUCUGUAGCAUUUCGACAGUGUAGGUACCGAAACUCAGUUCUUCAGGGGUUUACAGUGAAGAAAGCCAGCUGCUGAUGUGACCGAAGCUUCUUCAGGGUCUCAGCAAAAUGGGAGAGACACGUGUGGCUACAUGGCCUGAAGUCUAAGGACCCGUAGGAAAACAUCAUCAAAUGAGUAAUGCCUUUGUAACCACAACUCUCGUUAUAAUGUGAAAUGUAUUUGUCCCUAAGUAUCAGAGAUGUCCAUUUUUACAAAUUACAGUACUAAAGUAGAGCUCUUUUGUAAAAUGUGUCGUGUCAUGUGAGAUGUGGAUCCGUGUUUACUGUGUGUUAUUUAUAUUCGUCUAGUUCAGCAAAACUGGAAGGUAGAUUUUCAUGAGAACAAUGGGACACAAGCGGCAGAUAUACACCAGUGAGACCACUUUUUUAAAAAAGUAUUGCCCGUGACUUGAGAAACCUUAAUAUUUUUUUCCAAUCUAUUUAAAUUUGACACUGAGAUACUCAUAAAGGUUUAUUUUUCUGUUAACAACAAGAAGAAUCUGAAGACUAUCCAGAGCAUUGAGCAGAAUUCACUGACACUUAAACAUUUGUUAGCCCUGCAUUUUCAUACAUGGACAUUUAUUAUCUUCUGGACUAUGGCUGUUCUGUUGGGUGAUGGAUUACAAGCAGAAUGGAAGAGAGAAGGCAUAUUGACUUUUCCGGCUGACAUAUCUGACUUUCUUUAGUCUUUAGCUAUUACUAGACCUCUUAAGACAGCAUGUGUCAACCUUAAUGUAUAUUGUUAUCACUGUGCAAUUGCUGUUUACUUGAAGAGUACUGCAUUCUUAUAUUCCAGGUUUCAGUAGAUUUCAUGCCUGGAUGGCCAAAUGAGUCUUCAUUUUUUCUUAAUUGAAAAUAAGUAUUGUCUGGAUCAGUAAAAUUAUACCGUGCGUGAGUGUGACUAUAAAUGUGUGUGUGUUUCUAUCCUGUAACCGUUACAGUCGUGUCCUAAAGUGAGAAAACUGUGACCAAGUGUAAAUCGUACCACUUGCUGCAUACUUGCACAUGAAUUCAGUUUCUAAAAUUGAGUUCUUGAUGAAAGCUGUUUGGUAAAAAUACCAUAAACAUUCAUAAAAUUCCUCCCCCACCCCCUCACCCCACCAAGGGAUUGGGUCAAGUACUACUAAACUGACCUUUAGAUAUUUCUUAAGACUCGUGUUUACCAAGGAAUGAUCAAUGACAAACACGCAAGUGAAGGUCUGUAUUUGCCAUGUCAGUGUUGGGAAAUGAGUGUCUUGGUUUCUGAGCACCUAAGGUCUACCAGGUCUACAGGGAGGUAAAUCAUCAAAGGGAAGCAGUUCUAAAGAAAUCCAUGAUGACAUUUAUUGUCGGAACGUGGAGCAGUGUGAUCCCGUCUAAGCAGCACUGGACCCCGCCUGCUGAAGGAGGACUACCCAGUCUGGUCCUCGUGGCUAAGGAGGCCGGGCAGACAGUGGUGAGACAGAAAAAGGCAGUGAGGAGCAGACACCCUUGCGACUGAGGCUUGGAUGACAUACGGCUGCUUCUAUGCUUUACCCAGAUGCCCUUGGUGACAGCUCAGGACCCAGCUUUGACUGGGUAGGUUUGGGCUAAGAAGUAGGCUUCUCCUCUUUUCCUGGUAAGCAAGAUCUGCUAAAGUAUAAGCUGAGCAUGGCUUGCUUUCUUCUUGUGCCCCAGCCUCAUACUCCUUAAUGGUGCCAUGGGUGCUCAGAAUAAGGCCUUUUUCCCAGUAAGCAUUAAUAUUGCUUCAGAAGUUACUUGACCCUGACCAAUUUUACUUACAAAUAGUCUUCUUAUACAGAUAAAGCAUGGCUCCUACAGGACCAAGAGACCUGCCUAGCAUGAAUUAAAGUGGAGAGCUAGCAUUUAUCUGGUGAUUUCCACUCUCUAGAUAGAUGAGCAGUCUACUGAGGCACUGUCCUUUUGUGGCAGUAUAUGGUCUGCAGCUGAAUGUGGCCUGUGGGCCAAGCUGGGAUGGAUUUAACUGUCUGUACGUACAGCUCAAAUCUGCCUGCUGGUAGCCUCAUUUUAUCUCUCUGUGAUAUGCAGGGGAGGGCUCAGCAUGCUGGAGGAUGAAUAAGCUCUCUUUAGGAGAAAGAAAAAAGAUCGUUUCCAAAAGCUCACCAAGGUCUGGUUCCACUGAAGAACUGCCAUUCUUUCGUCCCGCAUUACCCCGAAUAUUAAUACACAUGUCUCAGAGCUCACCAGACAGCACCAACUCUCUGCUCACAGCUAUGAAGACCUGGUGAAGACGAAAUUCUCAUUAUUUGUAG